AUGCACUGGCUUGCUUCAUACGUUGCAGACAAAACGGGUGCACACAGUCUGGAGACAGGUGGUUGCGAGGUCGAUUACGAAACAUUUCUUCUGCAACAUCCAGCAAUCGAAGUUCAUCCGUAUGACCGAGUACCGCUCCUCGGAAAAUACGAUAAAGGAAAAAUACAUGAAUACUGCCAGCUAUGA